GAGUGCAUAAUUUAAGUUUGCUUCCAUGGUUGCAAGAGAAGUCUUUUAUCCAAUAGUAUGCAUUAUUAGACCAAUCUGCUCUAGAAAUCGCAACCUUUUUUUGUUCCUUCAACCUUUAGUUCUAAUAAUGACCUUUCCAAAGGUAAAUAGGGAUUGAGAACCGUGCAAGUGUUGAAGGUUCGCUGGGUAUUUGAAUUUCAGUUCAGAUGAAGGUUUGACUGGCUCGCAAUGUUGUGAAGCUAUUCUGGUUCACUCCCCCCAAAAAAUGAAAAACAGUAGAUGACCUUAGCUCUCAUGGUAUCUGGGCAGGACUUUCGAAUUGGAGCAGGGGACGUUCUACCUUGCUACGGUGAUUCAUGUUCAGUAGUGCAUCAUAUUUUUUUUUCACUUGAUUGGAUUGUUAGGCUCUCGAGUCUCAUGAAUUUUGUUGCAGAGUUUCAGUACGGAAAGAUUGAGUGGGAAAGUGAAAGGGCAAGUUCUUAAGCUAGGAGAGCAUUUUAUGAUUAUUUCCCUUUGAAAUCUGCUACUAUAAUGCUGAGUCUGCACUGCCUUCAGUAAUAAGGAAAAAGAUGCAGGCAGUUAAGCGACAAUCUCAAGUAGUACAGUACAAUAUUUGUCACCCCUAGGCCUUCUCCUAUGCAAAUUUGUACACCACUGAUAUCCUUCACUACAAUCCUCUUUCAUAUGUAUGACCUGCCUUAUUCGUUUACUAUUUAAAUCAAUAAUACUUGAAUUUAAGUUGGAUUGUGAACAUUUAAAGCGUCUGAAACCACUAACAUGAUUUUUUUAGAUGAUACAAUAUAGUUUUAAAUAGCGGGCUAUAGGAUAUAGCCGCGACCUCCGAAAAAGGCUAUAGCGGGCUAUAGCCACCUUUUAGCACGCGAAUGCCUUUAGCCGCACCUUACUCGAAAGGCUAUAGCCGGGCUAUAGCGGGGCUAUAGCCGGCUAUUUAAAACUAUGGAUACAUAGUUCAUUUGCCCCAUGCCAUGUAAUAUUGCUCACUUUUUUUUUAGCAUAGUAUUAUUUCCUCAUUUUUUGGAUUGCAUUAUAUUAACGUUGUGGAUGAUGGAACUUGCCACCAACCAAUCAAUGCCAUUUUUAGGAGACAUUAAGCGCCAAUCUCAAUGGUGCAGUGCGCCAUCACCCAGAACCCACCGUUCCAGAGACCCCUUUUCUCCAUAUAUUACAACAGAUAGCACUUUUAGUCUAUGAGCAUCACUGGAAAACUAAAGCAAACCAAAAUGGUAUGUAGGCGGCGCGGCGAAACGCGCAUGUUUGUCUAGUAUAGAUUGAAAGUUAGCUGACGAGCUGGUCUGCCACUGUGUAGAAUUGUCUCUGAAAUGUUUGGCCUCCCUCGCUUGAAUUCAGCUCAUGCGUUCCUUGCCCAGCUCAUGCGUUACUUGCCCAGCUCAUGUGAUAUUGUACGCCACCCCUAUUGGUCCAACCCUUCAUAAGCAAGAUAAAGUACCAUAAGGAAAAUGAAAUCGGUUUCCUCUCCUCCUUUAGUGCUAGUACUUCUGCCUUGCGGGAACCUAUAAUACUAGUACUAGGCUCAGUACUAGUACACCACUUCAGCACCUCGUUCCACCGCCCACCUCAGCUCCUACACAAGUGUAUAUUUUUCAAGGAGCAGAUUCGAAGCGCCGCAAAACUCCAAACUAAGUCCUGAAAGGGGUGGCGGUGGACUGAUAAAUGAUCAUGUAUCUAAUGGCAUCCCUGCCUUCCUGCGGUGCCUUCCGUGCACCUCUAUUGUCUUCUUUCCCGAGGAGAAAAACCACGGUAGUGGCCGUGGCUUCCAAGGCCAAGGUUGGAAUUCCCGAAAAGACUGCCUUCACUCCUCGCGAGGCGCCUUUCCGAGUCCGAGUCACCCGCUCAUUGCCACCUCAAAAGAAGGAAAUUUUUGAUUCGUUGGACCACUGGGCAAAAGACAACAUCCUGGUCCUCCUGAAGCCGGUUGAGAAAUCCUGGCAGCCGCAGGACUACCUGCCAGAUCCUUCCUCAGAUGGAUUCUAUGAUGAAAUCAAGGAGCUGAAGGAGCGAGCUGAGGAGAUCCCGGACGACUACUUAGUCUGUUUGGUUGGAGACAUGGUCACCGAGGAAGCACUCCCUACUUACCAAACAAUGCUCAAUAGCCUCGAUGGCGGUGUUCGUGACGAGACCGGCAGCAGCCCAACCAGCUGGGCUGUCUGGUCGAGAGCAUGGACAGCCGAGGAGAACAGGCAUGGUGAUCUCAUGAACAAGUAUAUGUACCUCACUGGGAGGGUUGAUAUGAGGAAGAUUGAGAAGACCAUACAGUAUCUGAUUGGUGCUGGAAUGGAUCCAAAAACCGAGGGCAACCCCUAUCAGGGUUUCAUUUACACAUCUUUCCAAGAGCGGGCGACCUUCAUAUCUCACGGCAACACCGCGAGGCACGCCAAAAAGUACGGGGAUGUGAAGCUGGCCCAGAUAUGCGGUACCAUUGCAGCCGACGAGAAGCGCCAUGAGACGGCGUACACCAAGAUUGUGGAGAAGCUCUUCGAGGUUGACCCAGACUACACGGUGCUGGCCUUCGCCACCAUGAUGAGGAAGAAGGUCACAAUGCCUGCCCACCUUAUGUACGACGGGCAGGAGGACAACCUGUUUGCGCACUUCAGCGCGGUGGCGCAGCGGCUGGGCGUCUACACCGCCAUGGACUAUGCCGACAUCCUUGAGUUCUUGGUCGAGAGGUGGAACGUCGCCAAUCUUACCGGGCUGUCCGGGGAAGGGAGGCGCGCUCAGGAUUUUCUCUGCUCACUGGGACCAAGGUUCAGGAAGCUAGAGGAGCGAACACAGGAGAGGGCAAAGCAGUUACCGAGUGUUCCAUUCAGCUGGAUCUAUGGCCGACAAGUGCAGCUUUGAUUAAGAUGUUACAGAAUAAGAAUACGACGAUCCUUUUUUAUUUUCCUUUUUCUAAGCUCUAGUAUCUUUUUUCUUUUGUUACAUGAACACGUCUACAUUGCAUAUGCCAACGAAGCUUACAGUAACACACUUCUAUGAACACAGCCGGGCAUGUAUUGUGUUGUUUCAGUUGUUAGUCAUUUUGAAUACUGAAAAUUGAAAUCUGUAGGCUCUCGCCAGUAA